AUGAACGACUCAUCACCAGAAGGAAAGGAAAGUGGUCGUUCGGGAAAUAGUCCCCAGCCCGACCUUGCAACCGCUGUCCCAAUUUAUGACCACUUACUUGACGAGAGGAAAUUCGACUAUGCCAGCAAGACCAUCGUUCCGUACCUGAACAAGCAAAGUAGUGAAUUCCGAGAACUCAGUCUUCUACGGAAAAAGGGAUGGGAAAACCCCAAGGGUGAUGUUUAUUUCAGAGCACAGCGUCGCAAUGCCGACCAGAGCUCUGAAAAGAAUGACAUCCACUUCCAUAACUUAAUGAAGAAGAUUGGAGAAGAGCUCCACCAAUCUAGCAAUGCGUUCAAAAUCCAGUCAAGAUACAAGGGGGGCCCUACAAUUCUCGAUACGUGCAUGGCCCCAGGUGGCUUUCUAGAGACAGCGUUAAAAUUGAACCCGCAUUCUCGUGCGGUUGCUUUCAGCCUCCCAGCCUCUUGCGGCGGCCACAAAAUUCGCCUCCCGAGAGCUUUCCAAGUUGACGUGCGCCACUUGGAUGUCACGAUGCUGGCUGCCGAUAUGGGCGUUAACAAUGUACCCCAAGACCACCCAGACGCACAUAAUUUCUUACCCCAGCAGCUCGGGCAGGGAGAGGCCUUUGAUCUGGUCAUAUGCGAUGGCCAAGUUCUCAGGACUCAUUUGCGCGCUCCUUAUCGAGAGAAGGUAGAAGCGCGAAGAUUGACUGCUACUCAAUUAGUUCUUGGCCUCCAACACUUAAGAAAUGGAGGAACUAUGGUUGUACUUCUUCAUAAGCUGGAAGCAUGGGACACGGCGAAUCUUAUCUGGCAAUUUACUCGCUUUGCCUCUGUGAAACUUAUUAAACCCAAGACAGGACAUGCCAAACGUUCCUCUUUCUACCUGGUGGCAAAAGAUAUUCAAGAUAAUCAUCCCGAGGCCGUCCGAAAUCUCUUGAAAUGGAAGAAAAUCUGGCGAUUGGCGACUUUUGGGUCAGAGGCGGAAUGUCGGAAAGAAAUCUUGGAUGAUUGUCUUCGUGUAGAAGAUUUCAUCGCGAACUUUGGCCCCAGGCUGGUUGAGCUGGGAAGAGAGAUUUGGAAAGUUCAAGCUGAUGCUCUGGCAAAAGCCCCUUUCAUCAAGUGA